UUUAAGCAGUUCAUUUUUUGGAAAAUUUAUUAGGAAUUAGGAUAGAAAAUGAGACGAAGUCAUCUAAACUCUGCUUCACAAAGUUCAUAAUUCUCCCAAUAGUCAGUCCCCGAUUUCGAAGAUAUAUAUAUACAUAAAUAUUUAUUAAAGAUUAACAGAGCACAAAAACAUAAAUAAGUUUCCCAAUUUCCGCGCCCAUAAAAAAUCAAAAACCCUCCAAACUCGCCCAAAAAAAAAAAAAAAAAAAAAAGAAGAAAUUUGCUCAAAUCUCAAAUCUCUCUUUCUCAUUCGGUUUUUCACUCGCUCACUCACUCACCACGGAAUGGAAGAAGAAGACCAGCAUAAAGUUGCAGAUCUGGUUAAAGAACUGGUCCUUCGGUUGCUUUCCCAAAACCCAACUGCCGAUUCGCAUCGCCCGAAGCCCGACUCACCCGCUUUCCAGAACUCUCUUCGCUAUGCCUUCCGCAUACUCUCCAGCCGACUCACGCCCUCCAUUGCCCCCGACUCUGCCGCCAUCGCCGAGUCCAUCAAGCGCCGCCUCGCCACUCAAGGUAAGUCCUCUCAAGCCCUCACCUUCGCUGACCUUUACACUAAAUUCGACUCCAAAACCGGCCCAGGAAGUGUAAAUAACAAAUGGGCGGUACUCUAUCUGCUCAACAUCUUAUCCGAGGACCGGAAGAGCUCCAAGAGCCAAUUGGACUCUCCGCUCUUGUUGUUGCCCAACUUGGCAUUGAACGGUUCCGAGUUGGGUAAUGUUUCGAGGGUUUUGCGUGGAAGGGGAAGGCAGGAAAAGGGUUGGAACAAUGGGGUUUUGUUGGUCUCCAAGGACCCGGAGAAUAUUCGCGACAUUGCUUUCAGGGAGUUUGCGAAUUUGAUAAAAGAAGAGAAUGCGGUUUCGGAAGAGGUUUUGGUGAGGGAUGUGCUUUAUGCUUGUCAGGGUAUUGAUGGGAAUUAUGUGAAGUUUGAUGCUAAAUCUGAUGGGUAUGUUUUAUUGGAUUCAAUUAAGGUUCCAAGAGCUACACGUAUAAUGGUUUGCAAGCUUUGUGAAUUGGGGUGGCUGUUUAGGAAGGUCAAAGGGUAUAUUUCAGAGAGUAUGGCUCGGUUCCCAGCUGAAGAUGUGGGAACCGUUGGCCAGGCUUUUUGUGCUGCAUUGCAAGAUGAGUUAUCUGAGUACUAUAAGUUGUUGGCAGUUCUUGAGGCACAGUCAAUGAAUCCGAUUCCUUUGGUUUCAGAUUCAGUGAAUUCUAGCAAUUAUCUUUCGUUGAGGAGAUUAUCUGUUUGGUUUGCUGAGCCCAUGUUGAAGAUGAGGCUAAUGGCUGUUUUAGUGGAGAAGUGUGGGGUUUUGAAAGGUGGGGCAAUGGCUGGGGCUAUUCAUUUGCAUGCGCAGCAUGGUGACCCUUUGGUGCAUGAGUUCAUGAGGCGUUUACUUCGGCGGGUUUGCUCUCCACUUUUUGAAAUGGUGAGGAGUUGGGUCUUAGAAGGGGAGUUGGAAGAUAUUUUUGCAGAAUUUUUUGUUUUGGGUCAACCGGUGAAAGCUGAGUCUCUUUGGAGGGAAGGUUACAUGCUUCAUGCUGGGAUGCUUCCUUCUUUCAUUUCACAGUCUCUAGCACAACGCAUUCUAAGGACUGGCAAGUCAAUAAAUUUCCUUCGUGUCUGUUGUGAGGAUCGUGGUUGGGCUGAGGCUGCUACAGAAUCUGCAGCUGCUGCUGGGACUUCAACUAGAAGAGGGGGUCUUGGAUAUGGUGAAACUGAUGCCCUUGAGUCCUUAGUUGAUGAAGCUGCAAAGAGAAUUGAUAAGCAUUUAUUGGAUGUUAUAUACAACCGGUAUAAGUUCAAAGAACAUUGUCUUGCCAUAAAGCGGUACUUACUACUUGGGCAAGGUGAUUUUGUUCAGUAUCUAAUGGAUAUUGUUGGGCCAGAGCUUUCUGAGCCUGCUAACACAAUUAGCUCUUUCCAGCUUGCUGGAUCACUGGAAACUGCAAUUCGGUCAUCUAAUGCCCAGUAUGAUGAUCCUGAUAUAUUGGAUAGGUUGAGGGUAAAGAUGAUGCCGCAUGGAACUGGUGAUAAGGGCUGGGAUGUGUUCUCAUUGGAAUAUGAUGCUAGAGUUCCUCUGGAUACUGUGUUCACAGAGUCUGUCAUGGCAAAAUAUUUAAGAAUUUUUAAUUUCCUGUGGAAGCUUCGACGAGUAGAGCAUGCUCUUAUUGGUGCUUGGAAGACAAUGAAACCAAAUUGCAUCACUUCCCAUUCCUUCACUAAGCUACAAAAUGCAGUUAAGUUGCAGUUGCUUUCAACUUUGAGGCGAUGCCAGGUUCUAUGGGAUGAGAUGAACCAUUUUGUCACAAACUUCCAGUACUAUAUCAUGUUUGAAGUCUUGGAGGUAUCUUGGUCUACUUUAUCAAAUGAAAUGGAGGUAGCCAAGGACCUUGAUGAUCUGCUGGCUGCGCAUGAAAAGUAUCUCCAUUCUAUUGUUGAGAAAUCUCUCCUUGGAGAACGCUCCCAAUCACUUUACAAGUCACUCUUUGCAUUAUUUGAUCUUAUAUUGCGUUUCCGAAGUCGUGCAGAUCUGUUAUAUGAAGGGAUUCAUGAUUUGCAAACAAGAACGGAAUCCUCUGUACCGUCUCGACGGAAGCAAUUGAAUGAUAGAUCUUCAGAGCCUGGAUCAUGGAUUAGUGAUGGCAGGAAAGCCCUCACACAACGUGCCAAUGACUUUAUCCGGAACAUGGGACAAGAUCUGGAUGCAAUAGCAAAGGAGUAUUCAUCAUUACUUGAGAAUUUCAUUUCUCAGUUGCCUGUGCAGCAACAUGUUGACUUGAAGUUCCUCUUGUUCCGACUUGACUUCACCGAAUUUUAUAGCCGGGGGCACCCUAGUACAUAGGAAAGAUGUCAACAGAUUUCAAAUUCAACAAAAUUUUCUACAGAUUGAAGGAUGAAUAAAGCACUUCAAUUCUUUUAAUUGCCCCCGCUCGUGUGCUCCGCAAUCGUCUAGUGGCCGGCUGACAUCAAGAUGAACUCAAUCUUUCUUAUUGCUUGACUUUUAGGGCAGUGUUUGCUUCUUUCUGAUGGCUUGUGGAAGUUCAAUUGACUUGAAGGUAUAUUUCUAUCAGUGGCUCAGGGUGUGAAAUGCCAUACUGUACACGUAUUGUAUCUGAUGUUCUAAUGAUUUGUUGGUGAUUUCCUGCGGCUUUGCAAGCUGUCCAUUCAGAGCUUGUAUAUUUGUACUAUAGUUCUGUAUUGGAUGAAUGAUGAGCAAGUGUGCUAUGUUUAUUUA